CAGCAGGCUAGAUGCAAGGGUAUUGCUUUUACAAGACACACCACCAGCGCCAUUGCUCGGUUCGAGAAGGAGAUGUGUAUCUGGACCCAGCUGCUCCUGACCGCACCUUGUCCCCGCGUCCACGAUGCCGAAAUCGAUUUCUUCAUUCCGCAGCGUCGAGCACCGCAGCAGCCAUGGGGGGUAUGAAGGCGAUGAUGACGAUGACACAAUGUCGCUGGAGCAGCAUGAGCAGCACGACACGUACGGCAGCGCGACACCGACCUCGCCAACCAUGACCUUCCGCCGGCUAAGGCAGCACCGCGUCUCUGAAGUCGACCUCUCCAGACACACGCCAACAGAGCGAUCGAGCCUCCUCGGCCACCAGCAUGGCUCGAGAUCGUACACGAGCAUGCCGGCCACUUCGCCAGGCACCCCGCGGCCAUACUCGGUCCGAGUCAAUAGCCAGAACCCGAUCAGCAACGCGAGACUCAGGCACAGCCGGACUGGCUCCUUCAGUCGCUCCUUCAGCCAGCGGUUGGUGAAUGCACUGGGCUCCGGUGCUGACCGCCGGGGCACAGGGACGUUUGAGAACCUCGCGGCUUCCAAGAAUUCCUUCUGGAAGGACGAUCGCGUCUGGUACGACCAGUUCACGUCGACUGACUGGGUCCACGAUAGCAUCGCAGACGCAUACCGCGUCAAGGCCCUACGCAGCCGUAAGGACAUCCGCGGGAAAAUUGCUGCAUGGUUUGAUGGGGCCCAGGGCUGGAUUCUCGUCGCCCUCAUCGGCAUCCUUACCGCCAUGGUAGCUUACUUCGUCAACGUGACUGAAAGCAUCCUGUUCGACUACAAACAGGGAUACUGCACAACUAAAUGGUAUUCGAGCAGGAAGCAAUGCUGCGACGGUGCCACCAUCUGCGAUGAGUGGCUCCACUGGUCAAGAGUGAUCCGGACCGACCGGCUAGAUUCCACGGGCACCCAGUUCGUUGCCUUCUGCGUCUCUAUGAUUGCCCUCGCCAUGGCAUCCUGCCUGCUCACCCUCACCACGAAGACCGUGAUUCCCUCGGCAAUCUCGCUGUCUACGCUAGAUGAAAACCUCGGCGCCGAUAUCGUCCAACCCGAGCGCCAUGAUGAGGGCCGGAAGCGAAGCCCCAGUCCUGGAACUAAAUACCACGAAUCUCAAGAACGUCCUCCAAUGGUCUACUACUCGGCGGCCGGGAGUGGCGUGGCCGAAGUCAAGGUCAUCAACAGCGGCUUCGUGCUUCACGGUUACCUCGGAUUGCGGACAUUAAUCAUCAAGACAUUGGGCCUCGUUCUAAGUGUUGCAUCCGGCCUCAGCCUUGGCAAGGAAGGGCCGUACGUUCAUAUUGCUACCUGCAUCGGUAACAUUGCUUGCCGUUUGUUUUCCAAGUACAAUCACAACGACGGCAAGCGAAGGGAGGUCCUCAGCGCGAGUGCUGCGAGCGGGGUAGCUGUUGCGUUUGGCGCCCCGAUCGGAGGAGUUCUUUUCAGUCUCGAGGAAGUCAGCUACUAUUUCCCACCUAAGACUCUAUUUAGAACGUUCUUCUGCUGCAUUGCAGCUGCGUUGUCUCUUAAGUUUCUCAACCCCUACGGGACGAACAAAAUCGUCUUGUUUGAGGUCCGGUACCUCACGGACUGGAAGUUCUUCGAAAUGAUAGCAUUCAUUUUCACCGGAGUAUUGGGAGGCGUUCUUGGUGCUCUUUUCAUUAAAGCAUCCCGCAUCUGGGCUCGUACCUUCCGACGCAUUCCGAUUAUCAAGAAAUAUCCCCUUUUUGAGGUUUUCCUCGUAGCAUUGAUUACGGGAAUACUAAGCUUCUGGAACAGAUAUACGAAGCUUCCCGUUACGGAACUCUUGUUUGAGUUGGCUAGUCCUUGCGAUACCUUUACCGAGAACGGAGACGGGCUUUGCCCGACCCGGGAGCACAUCCCGGAAAUUUUGAAAAUUUUGCUGGUUGCUUUUGUCAUUAAGGCCGGCCUUACCGUCAUUACAUUCGGGAUAAAGGUGCCCGCAGGCAUCUACGUACCCUCCAUGGUUGUUGGCGGUCUACUUGGUCGCAUCAUCGGUCACUCAGUUCAGCUCUUUGCUCUGAGGUUUUCCGACUCAGGGCUCUUCGGUUCAUGUGACCCAGAAGGACCCCCAGGCUCUUGUGUUGUCCCGGGAGUCUACGCUAUGGUCGCGGCUGGCGCUACAAUGACAGGAGUGACACGUCUGACCGUUACACUUGCUGUCAUCCUUUUCGAGCUUACCGGCAGCUUGGACCACGUCCUACCAUUUUCCCUCGGCAUUUUAGUCGCAAAAUGGACAGCGGAUGCUAUAGAGCCACUAAGCAUCUACGACCUUUUAACAGACAUGAAUUCUUAUCCUUUUCUCGACAACAAGGUUCGACCUAUAUUCACUAGCGAACUCGGCGAUAUCACACCACGGGUUCGUAAGGAACGCAUUAUCGACAUUUCCGAUUCCCCACUGGUGUCUGCAAACGAGCUGCGAGAGAAGCAACAAUAUCUACACAUGGCUGGUGAAAUUGACGGGGGUCUGCCUAUCCUCCGCGAUGGGAUACUCGUCGGCCUCAUCCCCGCUCCUGACCUGGAAUUUGCCCUCGAUAAGCUCGAAAACGAAGACAAUACCCUCUGCUUGAUGUCUACUCAGGUUGGAUGGGCCGCUGGGCGCGAACAUGAAGAGGAAGAGGAAGACCAAGAUCCUACAGACUUCACACCAUACAUUGAUCCUGCGCCCCUGUCAUUAGACGUUCACUCGCCCAUGGACUUGGUGUACGAAUGCUUUGUCAAGCUUGGAUUAAGAUACAUUUGCGUACUCCGAGAUGGACAGUAUGCUGGUUUAGUUCAUAAGAAGGCGUUCGUAAAAUACAUCAAAGAGCUCGAACAAAAGGAACAUUAGACGGACCCCUACACCCACGUGUCUGCAUAUGCCGCGCUUAGUCACUUGCAUUCCUCUUCUUUUCAUGUGCGUCUUUAGCGUUCCGCCUGUGUAUUGAUACCACGACAUGUUACUUUCUUUGGAUUGCAUAGCCUAAUCAUCUAAAUGGAGUUUGCCUAAUAUUUUGGAAAGGCUGUUUUGUACCAGCGUGAUACAUGGAAUGCUUGCAUAGUCUAGAAGGGUAGAGCGGAGAUUUGCCCGCGAGAGUUCUAAAUUGGAAGGUCAGAUGUUGGGAAGUUGUGCCGCAUUUCCCUUUCUUAUUUUCAUACUUCCUGUGAGAUUUCUGUAUGUUUUGGUUUGGUUUGCCUUUGGCAGGACUAAUAGAGUGACUUGGUGUCAGGAAGACCCCAACCUUGUGAAGAACAUAUAAAGCCAACCCCAGCCUUUUC